AUGCCGUUACAGGAGCCUCAGUCAUUGGGGGACACCAUAGAUAUCACAUCGCAAGAGCCGACACAGCAUCACGAAAAGCAAAAUGACGAUCAGUCGACCCAAUAUCAGCCAGAGACAGCUCGGGAUGUUUCUGAAAAAGACAAGGACAACAGCGAGGCGUCGAGUGCGGAACCGUCGGCCCAGAACCCGCCGUCGUCUAGCAAAGAAUGUGCCAUUAAGCGGUUUUGGAGCGAGCAAGUCAGCGUAGUAGUGGAGUUUGAGACUUGCCGCGACCACCUAGGAUAUCUUCGUACUUCAGUGGCCACGGCAGUCCUUGGGACCGUGGUAGCGCAACUCUUUGCUUUACAGGCGUCAGACACAGGCUUUGGGUAUACGGCGGUGGGCAAACCUCUGGCUACUCUGUGCUACAGCUUCUCGAUCUGCAUCGUUUCGCUUGGGGCGUUCCGAGCCUGGAGACUCCAGCGUGCCAUGUUUGCCGGAAAGGCAUUAGCCGGAGGUUUUGAACUAAUAACGCUCGCGUUGGGAUUCUUGGCUCUGUCGGUCAUUUUCUUUGGCUUUCUCAUAGCUCUAGAUGUCGUCAAAGAGUCGUCGGGGUAG